AUGAAAUCCGUGUGUGCGAACAAGUUCGCAUGGAUCUUCUGGAAUAUAAACUUUCCAAUUUUUUCGCAAAAGACGAAUAGUUUGUAUUUUAUAGUGCCGUUGUGGGUGUCAAGCUUAUAUUUUAAUAACAUUCUGUAGUUUUUGACCUACUUGGCAUCUACUUCUUAAAUUAAGUUGACAUCCUAAAUUAGAGUCCGGCCGGUCAAAUUAAAAUCGGUCGGAUUGUGGUUAGAUAAUCUAACUUAGAUUAACUGAAACCAAAUUAAACUAUUAAUUCGAUACACAAUGAGACUUACGAAUACACUGUUACGAAAAGGCAAGCUGCCACCAAACCCUAAAAAAAUUCCCUUCAAGGAAAUGUUUCCGGUCCAAUUAAAAAAUGAAGUUUCUGGUGCUGGUCAAAAAUCUGCGGAUGUUUCUUGCCUCGAGGAAAUGGCAGUAAUGUUUGCGUGCAUGAAGAAAAAUGAGUUUAAGGAGGUGAAGUGUACUCCAGAAAUUGAAAAAUUCAUGGGAUGCUACCAUCAACAUCGGGCCGACGGAAAGGCAGCCAAGCAGCGACAAGCAUCCGGUGUUGUAACCGUCGGACGAAAUCCGAGAAAUUUGACGACCCAACAACUCAACCAGUUAUUACGAAAACAUCCACAAUUCAAUGAAAAAUUACCAAGUUGGUAGGAUCUGUGUUCAACAAUCUUUGUUUUUUAUUUAGUCAGAAUCGUAUCGUAGUACAAUAAAUUAAUCUAAUUUAUAUUGUGAAAUAAAAGAACUGAAGCAUAUAAAUCAAUUAA